CCGGUUAUGUGAACAUAACAUUUUUUGGAUUUGUAUUACACAAUAAAAAAAGAAUAGAACAUUUUCCAUCUUUAGAUCACAGUUCAAGUUUAAUAUCUUUGGGGAAAAUGAUUAAACAUUUAAACAAACUUUUAUUGCAUUUCAAAAAAGUUUUUGUCAUACAUCCCUGUCUUCUGAUAUUGGUUUGAAAUAUUGGUUUCUCUUAAUGUGAAAUUAAAUGCUAUAAGUUACGUUUUUCAAUUAUUUUUGUUAAAAUAAAUUUAUUUGACGUCAUGCUCCAUUUUUUCGAUAAUUUAAAGAGAAUGGUAUAUAUCACAAUGUUUUUCACUAACCCAAUUCUCUUUCUCUUCUUCAUAAACGAUUUAGAUUGCCUCGAAAAUUUUAAAGCUAAAAAGCUUUUUAAAAGGGAAUAUUCUGAUUGGUUAACUUUUACUCGUCAAGAAUUUAUUGAUAUUGAAAGUGGAUUCUUUUCUGGAACAAAAUUAGAAGAUUUAGUUCCAAAUCAUUCAGGGAAUAACUCAAAAUGGAAAUUUAUGAACAAAAAUAUAAACGAUUAUUUAUCCAGUUUGUGGGAAGCAUGCGCCGAGAAGUAUUUUCAUUUGAAAAGUUCUGAUCAUUUUGGAAGAACAAGAAGAACAUCCUACUGUCUCUGGGAUGCUAUGCUCAAAACUUUCAACUUAUAUUCAGUGUUUAGUGAUAAGAAAGUGCUAACAAACCAACCUUGGUGGCCUUUAGACUUAGAGUUGAUGUCAUUAAUUUGGAUUUAUAUGAGUUGUACACAACAUACAAGAGAUAUUUUCUGCCCUAAGCCAUGCAAGAACAAACCUUGCAAAAGAAAGAUUCAUAAAGAUAGGGUUGACUGGUACAAUCAAUUCAGUUGUAUUACUUCAGGAGAAUCUUUAUUUAAGGAUGAUUAUAAAUGCAUAUGCAAAGAAAAUUUUAUCUGGAAUAAGGAAAAGAAGUUAUGUGUUGAGCAAGACUUUUGUCAAGGAUCGUAUUGUGUAUUAGAGAACGUUGUAAAUUGUACACUAGAUACAUCACAGAACUUUAUGAAAAUAAAAUGUCACUGCAAAGCUGAAUUUUAUGGCGAUAGAUGCGAAAUUCAAUACAACGCUUGUAGUAUAGAAUCACAUCCGAUUCUAACUGAGCUAAGGAAAUUAAAAGCUAACGUUCCAAAGACUGGAGAUGAGUUGUGUAGAUUUGGUAUUAUCAAUCAAAACUUUAUUGCACAACAGCCUAAAUGUGUUCCCCUGGAAAAGAAUUUUAUUUGCCAAUGUCCUCAGGGUUAUAGGGAUAACCAUACUGAAAUUUAUCCAAACUGCAAUAUAAGGGAUCUGAAGUGCAGAUUAUGUUCAGAGGCGGAAGAAUGUGAUUUGAAAAAGACAAAUAGCUGCAGAUGUCAUGGUCGUAUCAAAGAUUGCAAUAAAUAUGUUGACAAAUGGGGUCCAUGGAAAGAGUGGUCGGAUUGCCCUGAUUCCUGUAAUCAAAAUAUUCGCUUUAUUAGACGACGAUCAAGAAAAUGUGAAACUCAUGAUAGAAAGCAAGCGGCCAUUAGUGCUUGUUCUCUUCAAGGCGGCGGAGUGGCGAUUCAAGAAGAAAGUUGUCAUGGUGAACCCUGUAUUGAGGUACCAAAAUGGGGGCCUUGGUCAAAUUGGGGGAAGUGUACAAGAACAUGUGGGGGCGGUUAUCGAACAAAAGGAAGAAAUUGUAUUUUCAGUGAUAUUCAGAAUAUUACUAAUUUUUGUCAUGGCUCCCAUAUCGUUAUAGAAGUCUGUAGCUUAAUAGAUUGUAAGCGUUCUAUUAGACCCUCUGACAUCGGUUUAAAAAUUCGUAAAAGCGCGCUGGAGUGGGGAUUAUGGCUUCCUUGGUCAAAGUGUGGAUGGACUGGUAACUGUGGUAAGGAUCUGGCUAUCAGACUUCGAUCUUGUAACGACGGUUCAGGGGCUUGCUUUGGCUCGGCAUUUGAUGUUAUCAAUUGUUAUAAGAAGUGUUCAAGAUCAUAUGAAGGAUUUCACGCUUGGCAACCUUGGACUUCCUGCAAUAAAGAUCAAACUACGUGCUCAAGAGUGCGUAAUUGCACUGCUGUUGGUCAUAAACAAUGUAGAGGCUUUUCCAAACAAGUUGCUCAAUGUCAAAAUAAAAUUUGCGUAGGAGGUAGUCCAAGAUACCUCUCCAGAACAAUGCUUGGAUUAUCUGGAAUGAAAAUGUUUGAUAAAGAGAUAAACUUCGAUCAAACGCAAUUUCUAUUGGACGAUGUAAAAUAUCAUAGACCAAAGUAAGGUCGAUAUACUAUAGAUAUUCCAAUGACCUUUAUUUGGUCUAUGAAGAUGUUUAAAUGGAAACAUUAUCGAAGAAAAAUAUUCAUAGGAGAUAAAGAUUACUUUGAAAGUCUAAGUAGUAAACUUAAAUCGAAACGAAUGUUGAAAAAUUUUAUUUUGUUUGCACCACCUAUAUUCGAAGCUAUAAUGUUACUCAUAUUUUGUUACUAUUUCUAUAAGCAUAGAUUAACAGUACAGUGUGCAAGACGCAAUAUUUCAUCUCUCGCUCAUUCCAAAAGUACAUGGAUAUGGACAGCCAAAGAUGAAAUGGAGAGGCUAAAGCAUGAAUUUACUAAAACACUUUUACAACAAGAAACUGAAGGUAUUUAAAACAGAAUUAAGUGAACAUAAAUUGCUAUUAUUUUAACUUGGGUUUCUUAUAAACUGUUAUAUCGUUACUAGUUGAAAAGUCUAAUUUCAAAGUCUUUAAAUUUGAUUUUUCUUGGCUCUAGAAGUUUUAACAAGAUGACGAACUUUAAAAAGUCAUCGCAUAGAUUACAACUCCUCUUCAAGACAUGUGAGGCUUUCCACUGACUCAAAAUCAAGGAAUGAAUUCAAGCUCUUUUUCUUCAAUUUAAGUUUCAUGAAAGAUGGCAGCUUUUGACAAAUUAUGAGCUGCCCAUCAACAUCUAGCUAACAGCCAUACAUCGAGCCACAACCUUAGGUUGAGCUCCUUGGAGUCAUUGCUCCUCCUCUGGUCAUUGAUCUCUAUAACAGAACUCCAUCUACCGUCAUCUUCAAGUAUUGAAAGGUGUAACCAUAACUUUAAUCCUCACUUUGUUUUCUCAAAAAAGCUUCAGUCAUUUAGUUAAGAUGUUAAUAUAUAUUGCUAAUGAUGGUUUAGCUAUAAUAUCCCCUUUAGCAAAGAUCUAAUUAUCAAUCUAUAAAUUUUAUUGAGAUUAAUUUGAAUAAAUGUUUAACCUCUUAUUUUAUCAAUGAUCAUUAGUCCUGUUUAAAUUCCUCAUGGCAACCAGUAAUUCGGCAAUCGAAUGCCAACCAUGUAGCGAAAUUGAAAAUUUCUACUAAACCGAAUAUCUUUUAACACUGUUUUUUCAUACUUUUUCACUUUUCUUUCCCCACUCAAGAUGUCAGUAGGGUCUUUGUAAACAAACUUCAGUUGGGCUGGUAAUGAUUUAAAGGUUGUGUAUUUUUUCUUACUGGAAAUACAAAAAUGCUACCAUGAGUUCUUGGGGCACAUGUGCAAUUUUCAAAUUC